CUCUCAGUUCUAGUGGCGAGUCUCUGCUGCCCUCUGCUGGACAUAUUAAUCACUUUAAUUGACUUAGGGCGGGGUUUGUGUCUGUUGCGUCAUCACUAACCUGAGAUUUUGGAAAGGUGGAAUUAGGAAAGUGCAGUUUUUUACAGUCACGUAUAGCUAACAGAUUAAAUAUCUUAUUUUUACCGUUGAUUUUUGAUUUAGAUUUUUUUUUAUAAUAAGAAAGGGAUGCAGACGCCACAGAAGGACAUCAUUUGAGUUUAAUACAUCAGUCAUCAUGAGAGACAGACUUGAUCACCUCCAGGCAGUAUCAGUGUCCAAUGGGACUUUAGAGGAGCAUGAAAACACCCAAGCUCUUCCCUCUUCAGAAAACACAUACCAUGAUGACCCUUCUCAGGACUCAGGCAGCACCAACCCUGAUAUGGAGGCUGUCUUCGAUGAGGCACAGGAGGCUCGACGUGAGAUUCAGCUCAUCAAUCUGGAAGUGAAGCGUCUUAGGGAGCAAAACUCCCGUAUGUUUAGAGAGGCAAUGUGCUCUAAUACCUCAAAUUCAAGUAACUCUAAUGCAAUUGCUGCUGACAUCAAGACUCGCGGACAGGAAAUGGUUGCACACCUUCGCAAGAUGGAUUCUCAUGCUAAAGAGUUAGAGAAGAAGCACGGGGUCAAUUCACUUGUGGCAAGAAUUGCCCGAACGCAGUAUGCUAGCGUAAGCAACAGUUUCAGUGAUGCCAUGGUGGAGUACAACGAUGCUGAGGUGAGCCACAGGGAGUCUUGCAAGGCGUACAUUCAACGGCAGAUGGAGAUUGUGGGGCGAGAGGUCACAGGUGACCAGAUCGAGGAGAUGCUGGAGAGCGGUCAGUGGAACGUCUUCAGUGAGAACAUGGUUUCCGAAGGUAAAACGGCACGGUCUGCACUCAUUCAGAUUGAGAGCCGACAUACAGAACUUCUAGAGCUGGAGAGGCGCAUACAGAGCCUUCAUGAAGUUUUUCUAGAUGUGGCCAUGCUAGUAGAAGAGCAGAGCUCAACGACAGACUGCAUUCACACCAGUGUUCAAUCAACGCAGGUGGAGGUCAGGGAGGUCCUUGUGAAGCUUGAGAGAGCCAAGAGGCAUGAUAGAAACAAUCCUUUUAAGAAAUUGUUCUUCUGGAGAAAAUGACGUGGACACAGAUAUCACAAAGUUCACAGGAAAUAUACAAAUUGAUCAAUUAUGUGAGCUAAUCUGUGAUUUUUCUUUUCUACUCUUUUGUUUGUAUUCCUGUUUUUAUACUGAAAGAGAUUUGAUACUAUUCAUCUUCUGAAGGAAAAACAUAUUGUCCUAACUUUGUACACAGACGUAAUGCUGCCUUUACCAUACACUAGAAGUACAUUAUAUUAUUAUAUUUAAAAACUUGUGUGUACUCUUAAAGAGACAGUUCACCCAAAAAAAUUAGAAUUCCCUCAUCAUUUACUAACCCUCAUGCAAUUCCAACCCGUAUGACUUUCUCUCUUCUGUGGAACACAAGCGAAGGUAUUUUGAAGAAUGUGUGAGGUGUUUUUUUUUUUUACCAUAAAAUGUAAGUCAAUGGGGUCCAAAACUUUCAAACUCCAAAAAAGACAUAAGGCCGCAUAAAAGUAAUCUAUCCAUUUCGAGUGGUAUGUUUCACGUCUUCUGAGGCAAUACAAUUGCUUUGAGUGAGAAACAGACCAAAAUAUAAGUCCUUAUUCAGUAUAAAUAUUGACUUCAGGCUUGAUUGGAAGUGUAGGCUUCAAGAUGGUGAUUCUUUGACUCUGCACACGGUUGCCAGGUCCUCAAUCCAGGUAUCAUUAUACAUCAGUAAGAUUUGGCAACCGUGGUAUGACUCAAUCAUUGUAACAUAUUUACAUUUUUAUAAUAGCUCAAGUGGCCGUGAAAACGAACCUGGUAACACUGUGUCUGGUUUGUGUAUAGCGCUCUGUGCAUUCUAAUGUUUCCGCUAAGAAAUUUUGGUGAUGGCCAACAUUUAUAAAGUUUACCAGACAAAUUGGAAAAAAUCCGGUCAUCUCAUUUCAGUGUUUAUUUUGAGCUGUAACGUGGAACAUGCAUAAUAUGCGAUAUAAUAAUGACACAAUCAAAUCAAAUAAAGUAAUGAACAAUAAAUGUUAAUUAUUGUCAUGGAAUUAGCAUAUAAUAAAAAAUAAAACAUUUAAAACAAAAACAGAGGGCAAAGCAAAAAGCUAACGGUUUUAACGGUCAAAAACCUGCAGUUAUCGUCUAACAGAAACCCUGGUGCAUGCACAAUAACGACUUACAUUUUGGUCUGUAUCUCACCCAACACAAUCAUAUUGCUUCAGAAAACAUGGAUUAAACCACUUGAGUUGUAUGGAUUACUUCUAUGCUGCUUUUAUGUCCUUUUUGGAACUCACAUUUUUUGACCCAUUGACUUAAAUUGUAUGGACAAAAACACCUAAUACAUUCAUUAAAAUGUUUCCUUUCUUGUUCCACAGAAGACAGAAUGUCAUGCUAGUUUGAGGCAGCAUGAGGGUGAUUAAAUGAUGAGAGAAUUUUCAUUUUUGGGUGAACUAUUUCUUUAAAGGCACUCAUAUCUGUUGCCUAGGUAAAAGAUUCAGAAAAUUAUUUUUCAUAUUAGGUUGCCAUGUACUAAGCUUGGAACCCCUUUAAUUGAUUAUUUAUCAUAUAGUUUGAGUUAAUGUAAUUAUACAGUAGACCCUUUUGUUUUGUUUUUUUUGAUAAUAGAAUACCACAGGUAUUAGAAGACUGGGAUAGUAUAUUUUGUAUAAUAUAAUUCUGAUUCUGUGUGUGCAAAGUUUCUCGGCAGAUAUCAGUUGUUAAAGAGUAACUUUGUUAGCCUAAUUAGAUCACAUGUAUCUACCUCGUGUGAAACAUGAUGUCCCCUGCUUAAAUCUAUUAAACCAAUACAUCUCAUAGUACAAAAGCCUUUAUGUCUGUGGAAAAUAAAUUUAGGGGGGUUGUUAUGUAAUACUAGGGGUAAUGAGUAAGACUGUAUUCCAAGGGCAACUUUGUGAUGCGUGACAACACUGUAAAAAAAGAAUCAUUUAGCCAACUUAAAAAUUCAACGCAACACGAUAAAGUAAGAUUUUUGGGUUUUCUCGACGACGUUUUAAUAAUUGUCCUCAGUAACAAUGCUUUGUUUAGUCAAUGUGAAUUUGUUUGUUCACUAAAUGUAACAAUUCUUGUUAAGAGAACUACUAAUUUCUAGA